AUGGGGGCUAAUAUUUCAAAUGAAUAUGACUUCGGUGGAUCAGCAAUGAACAAGGGACUUGUUCCAUCCGAUGGAUUAUCAGCAAACAAUGGUCGGGUUGUUGUAUCCAAUGGAUCUUCAUCAAACACUGGUCGGUUUAUUUCUUUCCACUCCUCGAAAUGGAAGAUCCAUUUUGAAGCCUCUAAGCUGACUUCAAAUCUGAUGGUCAUCGACUUCACGACUUCAUGGUGUGGACCUUGCCGAUACAUGGAACCUGCUAUGAAUGAAUUUGCUGCUAUGUAUACAGAUGUUGAGUUCAUCAAGAUCGAUGUCGAUGAGUUGGAAGAUGCGGCUCAGGAAUUUGAAGUUCAUGUUUUGCCAACUUUCAUGCUGAUAAAGAAAGGAAAAGAAGUUGAUAAGCUUGUUGGAGCCAACAAAGAAGAACUCAGGAAGAAGAUUGAGAAACAGAGGGCCUGA